AUGGCUUCGUCAAUGCGGGACCGUCACCGGAUCAAAGUGUGCGUUCGCCUUCGCCCUUUUACUCGGACGGAAAAGCUCCGAGCCGGUGGUAAGGCCGCGUGGACGUGGCACGAGAAUACGCUGUAUCAGCAGAUAUUUCCGGCCCAGAUUCCUUCCCGAAGUGAUCAGCAGGACGACGGUGACAGGAUGCAGCAACUGAAGCGCCGGAGUGGAAACCCACCGACCGGACCGUCCAUCGCUUCGAGUCGACGGGAUGCGGCCGUGACGUUACCGUCGUCGUACUCGGUGGACCAUUUGUAUCCUCCUGCAACGCAAACACAAACGGUGUAUCAAGAGACUGUCAAGGAUGCUAUUAUGGCAGCAAUGGAAGGCUAUCACUCGUCUGUGUUCCUCUAUGGACAAACAGGCACGGGCAAGACGUACACGAUGCAGGGCGGUCGAGGAGAUCCAGGAAUUAUCCGGCUGGCCGUACAGGAUAUAUUCGAUAGCAUUGCGCGGCAUCCUAGCAUGGAGUUCUUGCUGCGGUUCUCGUACUUGGAGAUCUACAACGAACGGAUUCACGACUUGCUCGCGGCAGGUGCGAAGUCAGACAUUAAGAUCUACGAUGUGCACCAUCGAGGCGCUGCAACGAGUACAAACGCUCGCGAUGGGUUUGUCACCAAAGACGUGGUGAUCAAAGGCUUGCGUGAAGAAAUUGUGCUGUCGACCGAACACGUGCUGUCGCUCGUCGAGUUAGGCAACUUGCACCGUCACAUGGCAACGACCGAGUCAAAUGACCAAUCGUCCAGGUCUCACGUGGUAUUCCGAAUGGUGAUCGAAAGUCAAGAUAAGCAGAGCAGUCGAGACUGCAGCGAGGUAGCUUCUGUACGAUCCGCUACCUUGAACAUUGUCGAUCUUGCCGGCUCUGAGAGCGUCCGACUUGCCAAUACUACAGGACAGGCUCUAGAAGAAGGCAAGUAUAUCAACCGCAGCCUCCUCACGCUCGGACACAUUAUCUGGAAACUCAGUCGGGAUCGCCACAGGACCGAAGCGGGCGGUAGUCGACCACCCCACACGCCGCACCUGCCGUAUCGUAAUUCCAAACUCACUCGAAUUUUGCAGCCAUCACUGGGUGGUCAAGCGCAAAUUGCCAUUGUGUGCACGGCAUCGCCAUCCGUCGAGUGCUUGGCCGAGACGCACAAUACGCUGAAGUUUGCAAGCCGUGCACGAAGAGUGCGUAAUCGCGUGGUCGUGAACGACGGAUUAGGCGAAUCGGCAUUGCUGCGAAAGUACCGAGCUCGGAUCCGAGAACUAGAAGACCAGCUCGAGCGCUUACAGAUGCGUCGACGACCUGCUCAACUGAGCAGCUCGAGUCAAUUGGCGCUAAGUGAGCAGCAGACGGAGCUCAAAUACGCCAUCAACAAUAUCAACAAGGUGAUCUUGAACUCCUCACCAACACAAGAGAGACUUGACGACGAGGAGCUGGCGUCUGUAGACGACGACAUGUCCGCAUCAAUGGCGGCGAAUCCACCCACAACGGUACCAAGUCACACAUCUCGACGAGGUGGUGACUCGACUGCACGCUAUUUGCCGCAAAAGUCAACAUCAAGGCAAGUAGCAGCAGCCAGACGGCAAGCAGAGAUGGAAGGCCCGACUCCUGUGGCACAAUCUAGGAUAGCAACUCGUUCGUUACGUCGCCAAGCAGCUGUUCACAGCGACGAGAUCAUGAAUGCGUUUGACCUCAAAGAAGAAGAAAAAGAUGAGGUCAAGAACGAAGACCACGCCCGUCCUCGACUCGCUCGUGCUGGAAGCUCUGCAAACACAUCGAACAAGACAUUGAUCAGUGGUGGCAGUGCAAGUACCAAGACACUACCGCUCUCUACUUCAUCUUCCCGAUACCUCACGGAUGACAAUGACAAUGAACUCGCCGAAGUCAAUGAAAAUGACCGUAACGAUGAACAAGACGAUCCUGAACACGACGAGGAUAUCCGACAUGAUACCGUGACCCAUCCAGGCAGUAUUGACAGGUCUUCAGCGAUUGAGGCAGCAAGUUCGACGCUUCCCGCUCCAGUAGCAGCUUUCGCGAGCACUACCCGCCCAUCACUCACGUCGGUGCUCAAGAGCAAGUACGUGAGCGAGUUAUCGGACAUGGCGCGUCGUAUCGGACGGUGGCAACACAUGGACGAAGGUGAAUGGCGCGAGCGCAAAGAGUUGCUGCAUGAAUUUGUACGCGGACUCGAGAUCGCUCUGGCCGAACAGGAGACCCGCAUGAGCAAAAUUCGCGAGCUAGAGCUGGAAAAUCAACGCUUGCGUCAGUCUAUGGCUCCACGUGAACGCGAGCAGCUGGGUCAGCGAAAAUCGGAUACGACUCGGCAGACUCUUGACGCGAAGAGUUGA